CAGGGGCCUCUAAUAGGAGCCCUAGCUGGGGGCAGGGAGACUGCAUCUAGUUAAUCUGGGCAUCCACACUGCCACUUCAGAACUGGGGCAGAGGCAGCCGGCCACAGGCAGAGGGUGGUGGCUGGCCGGCUCACUCUUUUCACCCCCCACCCCCUCCCCGAGUCUUCAUGUGCCUGAAUCCCACCUGCGCGGGCCGCUCACCCUUCAAUCUCCUUGUCUUCUCCCUCUGUUUCUCACCUUUCUUUCCCUUUCUUCGCAUCCUCCCCGCCCCAGGGUGUGUGUGUGUGUGUGUGUGUGUGUGUGUGUAGCAUCCUUUUUGUGUGUCCUGACCUUUCGUUUUCUCCUGCGGGUGCCUGAGUGUGUGUGUUGACACUUUCUCCCUGUGCCUUUCUUGUCUGCUUCUCCGGUCUUUUUUGUCCUUCUCUUGGUCUCGGUCUCUCUCUCUCUCUCUCUCUCUCUCUCUCUCACACACACACACACACACGCACACACGCGCGCACACACACACACACACACACACACACACUCGCACACAUUCUGAUUCAUUCUCUCUCCUCUCUCUCUCUCUCUCUCUCUCUCUCUCUCUCUCCGCCUGUGUCCCUCUCACUUUCUCCCCUCCUGCCUGCUCGUUCCUCUCUACGCCUGGCCUGCCCCCACCGCCGGUUCAGGGGAACGUGUGCGGAGCGAUUGUCCUGGGGGACAUUUGAUGGAUUAGAGCGCUGAACAGUUCCAUUGCUGGGGGACCACCUGAUCUCCUCCAGCCUGCGUCCCAUAUAAAGCCGGCAGCCGGAGUGCUGAGCACAGCUCCAGCGACUGCCCGUGUGCGCGCCGCCGCCGCCGCCGCGCCCGAGCGGCACCCGAGCUCGAGCCGCGACCGUCGCCACCCGCCGGCUCCGCGGCCGCCCGCCCGCUGGGAGCUGUCCAGUGCUGAAGCCCGCGCCGACAGCCAAUCGCGCCGGCCGGCAGCCUCCCCCACCGGGCCGCCUGUGCCCCGCGAGCCCCCCGCCCGGCGGCACCAUGCCGCGUUCCUUCCUGGUGAAGAAGAUCAAAGCGGAUGGCUUCCAGUGCAGCGGGGUGCCGGCCCCCACCUACCACCCCCUGGAGACUGCCUACGUGCUGCCCGGCGCCCGCGGGCCUCAGGGGGACAACGGUUAUGUGGCGCACUGCCUGCCCCCCAGCAGCUACGAUGGCGAGCAGAAGCCUGGCCUGGAGCUGGCGCCCGCCGAGCCCGCCUACCCGGCCGCGGCGUCCGAGGAGUACAGCGACCCCGAGAGCCCACAGUCCAGCCUGUCGGCGCGCUACUUCCGCGGGGAGGCAGCCGUGACCGACAGCUACUCCAUGGACGCCUUCUUCAUCUCCGACGGGCGCUCGCGGCGGCGCCGGGCCGGGGCUGGCGGGGAAGCGGCGGGGGCCGGGGACGCGGGCGGCGGCGGCGGCGGCGGCGGCGGCGGCGGCGGGGAGCGCGCGGGGCGCUCGGGAGCGGCGGCGGGAGGCGGGCACCGGCACGCAUGCGCAGAGUGCGGCAAGACGUACGCCACGUCGUCGAACCUGAGCCGCCACAAGCAGACGCACCGCAGCCUGGACAGCCAGCUGGCGCGCAAGUGCCCGACGUGCGGCAAGGCCUACGUGUCCAUGCCCGCGCUCGCCAUGCACGUGCUCACGCACAACCUGCGCCACAAGUGCGGCGUGUGCGGCAAGGCCUUCUCCCGGCCCUGGCUGCUCCAGGGCCACAUGCGCUCGCACACCGGCGAGAAGCCCUUCGGCUGCGCGCACUGCGGCAAGGCCUUCGCCGACCGCUCCAACCUGCGCGCGCACAUGCAGACGCACUCGGCCUUCAAGCACUACCGCUGCCGCCAGUGCGACAAGAGUUUCGCGCUCAAGUCCUACCUCCACAAGCACUGCGAGGCCGCGUGCGUGAAGGCCGCCGAGCCGCCGCCCCCUGCCGGCCCAGCCAGCUGAGCGUCUGCCGUGUGAGCGGGGUGGCCGCAAAGGCCUCUCCCACCCCUCAGUCUGCGUCUCCCCUGCCUGCACCCUCGACAGGGUGGGGGUGAACCCCAUCUUGGCCCAGAACUUUCUUUUAAACCCGGCCCACCACUAAGCCCACCGCUCACUUCCUGCACCGGAUCCCCUUUCGCACCCACCCAUUGUCCAUUCUGGCCACCACUCGGACCUUGACCCCAUGUCUGGCCUUCAAGGCUCCCAACUCAGGCACCAGGUCCGUACCUCUUCCGGGUCCCGGCGCUGGAAGUUUCCCCGGCCCAACUCUAGGCUGUGUCCUUAACUAGAUCUUUCUCAGCUGAGUCAUUGGCCAUUCCUCUAUGAGUCCUCAUUCUAAACCCAGUGUACCCUUGACUUCCUGUCUGCCUCAGUUUCCCUGUCACAGUCCAAUCCCUUGGGUGUCUGCUGAAUUUCCGUGCGUAUGUGUGUGUGUGUGUGUGUGUGUGUGACCAGCCGGGAAUCUACAUUUCUCCUCUCUUGGCGUCCUCUGCCUGUCCAUCCCUGUUCUCCAGUCCUGCCCUCCCAUGCUUGGGCCUUAGGUCCGGCCCCUUACACACACGACCCCGCCUCCUCAGUCUUCCCUGAUCUCAUUGGCCAUCCUACUCCCUGCUUUCUCCAGCUCCUCCUUCCCUCUAGUAGUUCUCCGGUCCUCAGUUUUCCUAGCCGGGAACAGACUUGGGAGGCAACCCAGGGCUCUGCCCUCUCAGGUGACCCCUCUUGCCCCAGGACAGUUCCUGCCUAGGCCUCAGGCCUGGAGCUGCGCUCUCCUAGAUUAUUUGAGCACUUUCCCUUACCCCAGGACAACAGGUUCGCCUCCGCCUUUGCUAGAGGACAGCCUGGAGCACCUCACCCAUGGACCCACUCCUUUGUCCGGCAGGGCCCUUUCAGCUAUUUAUUUGUGCAUUAUUUAUUUAUUUAUUUAUUUAUUUACCUAUUUAUUAUUCUAUUUAAUCUCUUGGCUUCACCCACGAACUGUCUGGCUUCCCCAGCUGGACUGGGAAGUCGUGGAGCAGGGUCAGCAAGGCCAUAGCUCGCUGCUCCUCCCCUAAGGGUCUGAAGAGAAGCCCACUCUUACCAGGGCCUGAACUCCACAGGAAGAGGCCUGCAGAAACAGUGGGAAGCAGAGCCUGCUGAUCCUCAGCUGGCAGGGGAGGGGCCAUCAGAAGGUCCUAUUUCGGGGCAGGUCCCCGGCCUCCUGAGCCUUCUACUUCUGUCCUAGGAAGCUGUUCUGGAGCCUCUUCCUUUGUUUCUUAUUUAUUCCUCUUUCAGAGGGACCCCAGGUUCCAGGGACCGACUGAGCCCCGGACCCGCUGGGGCCUCUGGCCUGCUCCCGGGAGGAGUGCUCUCUCCCGGCCACGACUAUGCAACUCUCCCGGGCAGAGGGGCCGGGACUGCCAGCCAGGCGCCUAUUGGCCACCACUACCUCCUCCACCGCGCUUUUGCAUGCCCGGGCGAGGACCGAAGCACACACCUCCGCGCACCGGCCCGGCCCCCUCUGCUUUAAGCACACGCCUCUGCCCGCAUCCCUCUGCGUCCCUUUUGUGGGCAAGAGUCUUGGACACCCAGACCUCUUCCCCCUACCCUUAGCCACAAAAGAGGGUGGAGACUGCAGACUGCUCCAGGCCGCUCUCUCUAGGGCUUCUGAGAGGUGGCGCUUCGUUCUGUCCCAGGCUCCCUGAAGGGAGACUGCAGAGACGGUGGAAGAAGAGAGGGGUCACGAGAAGCAAUUGUGGAGGGUGCUGACCCUGUAAAUAGGAACUUCUGACAGCAAUAAUUUCCCAUGCAUGCUAAGCCUUUUGGAUCCUCCCUUGCCAUACUCCCAGCUCGCCCCACCCCACCCCCAUUCCUUCCCCAUCUUCAGCAGUAUUACUUGUAACGCAAUUCAGGGAUAUUAAAGGGACUUUGGCCACUCA